AUGUCAACAAUACGGGCUGCGAGAAGAGCGCUAGGAGUUUCGAGAUGUCAGACAAGGCCACGCGGUUUCCCAGCAACACUCCCUGCGAGAAUAUCUACCAGAUUCGCUGCUACGCAUACAACACCGACUCAAGCCAAUGCUAUCUCAAUUCUUCCUACAAAUGUCGAUCCUUCGUCGGAAGAGUACAAGGAGAAUGCAAGACAAAUGGGGGAAGUCAUGGCGAAAUUGGAGGAGUUGACGAAGAAAAUACAUCAAGGAGGUCCUCCUAAAGCAAGAGAGAAACACAUUGCUCGCAAAAAGAUGUUACCGCGAGAUCGAGUAACAGCGUUGAUUGAUCCUGGAACCUCUUUCUUGGAACUCUCCGCUCUUGCUGGUCAUGAAGUCUAUCCGGAAGCAGACGUUCCAGCGGGAGGAAUCAUUACUGGUGUUGGUGUUAUUGAAGGGGUUACUUGCAUGAUUGUCGCGAACGAUUCUACGGUUAAGGGCGGAACGUAUUACCCCAUUACAGUGAAGAAGCAUCUAAGAGCUCAGGCUAUUGCACAAGAGAAUAAUCUGCCUUGUGUUUACUUAGUCGAUUCCGGCGGUGCUAAUCUUCCAAAUCAGGCGGAUGUCUUUCCAGAUCGCGAGCAUUUUGGCAGAAUAUUUUUCAACCAAGCCAGAAUGAGCUCAAUGGGUAUCCCCCAGAUAUCUGUAGUAAUGGGGCCUUGUACUGCUGGAGGAGCCUAUGUUCCAGCCAUGUCCGACGAAAGCAUUAUUGUUGAUGGUCAAGGACAUAUCUUUCUGGCUGGACCACCCUUAGUCAAAGCUGCUACUGGCGAAGUAGUGAGCGCGGAAGAUCUUGGAGGUGGAAAGAUGCAUACAUCUGUCUCAGGUGUGGCAGAUUAUCUAGCGGUCGAUGAUGCUCACGCAAUCGUUCUUGCUCGGAGGUCAAUUAGCAAUCUCAACUGGCCCAAAAAGGAGUUUCCUUCGCCCGCAACCUACGAGGAACCACUACACGACCCCGAGGAAUUGGUUGGUAUUGCCAACGUAAACCACCGAAAACCGUUACCUAUACAUGAAGUCAUUUCGCGCAUUGUGGAUGGGAGUGUUUUCUCAGAAUUUAAACGCGAUUAUGGAAGCUCUCUCGUGACUGGGUUUGCGCAUAUAUAUGGUCACAAAGUCGGUAUAAUUGCCAAUAAUGGCAUUCUAUUCAGCACCUCUUCGCUGAAGGGCGCGCAUUUCAUCGAACUCUGCUGCCAGCGCCAGAUACCUUUAAUUUUCCUUCAGAAUAUCAGUGGAUUUAUGGUCGGCACAGAUGCCGAACGUGAGGGUAUAGCAAAGAACGGGGCUAAGCUUGUGACAGCUGUCGCAUGUGCCAAUGUCCCAAAGUUUACUGUUGUUGUGGGUGCAAGUAACGGCGCUGGAAACUAUGGAAUGUGUGGAAGAGCGUACAGUCCAAGAUUUUUAUGGAUGUGGCCGAACGCAAAGAUUGGUGUUAUGGGAGCCGAGCAACUCACAGCUGUGAUGGAGACAGUGGGAAAAGCAGUUGACCCUGAACUGAAGGCUAGAAUCGAAAGGGAGAGUGAAGCUGUUUUUUCAUCAGCUAGAUUAUGGGAUGACGGUGUUAUACCUCCUAGUCAUACACGAAGAGUACUUGGUUUAAGUUUGAUGGCUGCAUUGGGCGGUAAGAACGAACCGGAAGCGACAAAAUUCGGCGUAUUUAGAAUGUAG